AAAGGCAAAUGCCGUCGCCCCUGACGCCUCACUCCUCCCCUCCCCUCACCCAUUCCAUCCCCCCCUCUCUGCGCCGCACCCGAACCAAGCGACGCCUCUUCCGACCCGUACCAUACCCACUCCGCGGCGACGACACCGGCGGCCGGCCCUAGGCGCGGACGGAGUCCGGCAAGCUCCCCGAUCCUCGUUUCAUCACCCACCUCGGGUGCGGGCCUCUGCUCCAGCCGGAGGCUAAUAGGUCUUGUCGCUUCCGUGCUGUAUACUGAGAUAAUAUGGUUGAGUGCACAAUGGUAUCGACCUUACUUGAUGGUCUUCCUAAUGAAGUGGCUCUCCAGUGCCUUGCACGUGUCCCGUUUGUAUCCCAUCCUAUUCUUCAGCUGGUUUGCCGCUCUUGGAGAGCAUCUGUUCGCAAUGGGGAGCUUCUCAAUGUUCGGAAUCAGAUUGGUGCGACAGAAGAACUGCUAUGCGUGUUGGCAUUUGAACCUGAAAACAUUUGGCAACUUUAUGAUCCUCGUCGAGACAAGUGGAUAACUCUCCCUGUCAUGCCAUCUCGGAUUAGGAACAUUGCCCGUUUUGGAGUUGCCUCUGUUGCUGGAAAACUCUAUGUAAUUGGUGGUGGCAGUGAUAGAGUUGACCCCCUUACUGGAGACCAUGACACAAUCUUUGCGAGCAAUGAGGUCUGGUCUUAUGAUCCUCUCCACCGCUUGUGGGCCCAGAGGGCUCCAAUGCUUGUAGCUCGAGCUAUGUUUGCUUGUUGUGCAUUGGAUGGGAAGAUAAUUGUUGCUGGGGGCUUUACAAACUGCCGCAAAUCGAUAUCGGAGGCUGAGAUUUACGAUCCUGAAGCUGACACCUGGGAGUCCCUCCCUGACCUCCGUCAGGCACAUCCCUCUGCAUGCUCUGGUCUUGUCAUCAAGGAUAAGAUGCACGUAUUGCAUAAAGGGAUAUCCACAGUCCAGAUUCUCGAAGAUGGCGGUAAUUAUUGGGCUGUUGAGGACUACUCUUGGCUGCAAGGCCCAAUGGCAAUGGUUGGUGGAGAGUUGUAUGUGCUGAGCAAUAGCUGCAUUAGGAAGCAGCAUGGAGAGAAUUUCCCUGAUAAGAUGGUUCCUUGUGCAUCAGGAUUCCAAAGCAGGAUCGGCUUUGGCAUGAUUGGUUUAGGGGACAGCAUAUGUUUGUUUGGUGGAGUGAUCGGGCCUGGGCCAAGAAAUCAGUGCAUUAAGCCAUUGUCUGAUGUUGAUAUCUUGAAUGUCGCAAGUGAGAGGCCAACCUGGCGACAAGGAUCACCGAUGACGCGUUGCCGAGGUAGUAUCGCAGGCUGUGCUCUGCUGAAGAUCUAGGCUCGUUCCAGUGUGGCAAUGCUGUUCCUGAAAACUGCAGAUGGAUUUUAUUUAUUCUGCAUCUCAUUUAAUUUCUGAAAAAAGAUUAACUAUGCUUUUAGUUUUGGAUCACUUGUUGUAGCAGUGAGGAUAUAUGUUGGCCAUGACUCGAAUGUCAGAUUGUCAAUCAGUUAUCAUACUACUACUAUAUUAUACAUUUAUACUACAUGUGCCUUGCAGUGCUUGCUGCAAUCUUAUUGGUUUGAUAUUUUUUUUGGGCACAA